GGCCGUGGCGUACUGGACUGGGCUGUGAAACUGGACUCAAUCCCCAAAUCGCAUUCCGCACAAAAAGGCAGUAAACAAAACACAAACAGAAAGAGCAUCAUCUUCAUCUUCAUCGUAGAUUAAAAAAUCCCUCACAGACAGACUGCUAGUGGUGAAAAUUAAACAAGGGAAGUUAAUCUAACUCAGCCCUAAAACCCGUUGCCCCGCCCGCCCCCUUCGAUCCGGAUAUAUCUUAUCAUAAACAAAGAUGGGGAUCAUAGAAAGGAUCAAGGAGAUUGAAGCCGAGAUGGCACGGACCCAAAAAAAUAAAGCAACAGAAUAUCAUUUGGGCCAGCUUAAGGCCAAGAUAGCGAAGCUAAGGACACAAUUGUUAGAGCCACCCAAAGGUUCUAGUGGAGCUGGAGAAGGUUUUGAGGUUACAAAAUAUGGACAUGGUCGUGUUGCACUUAUAGGAUUUCCAAGUGUGGGAAAGUCAACACUUUUGACCAUGUUGACGGGAACUCAAUCAGAAGCUGCAGCAUACGAGUUUACAACAUUAACCUGUAUUCCUGGGAUUAUUCACUACAAUGGUACUAAAAUUCAAUUGCUUGAUCUUCCUGGAAUCAUUGAAGGAGCUUCUGAGGGCAAGGGACGUGGUAGGCAGGUGAUUGCAGUUUCGAAGUCAUCAGACAUUGUGUUGAUGGUUCUUGAUGCAUCAAAAAGUGAAGGGCAUCGACAAAUAUUGACAAAAGAGCUGGAAGCUGUCGGCUUGCGCCUUAACAAGAAACCACCACAAAUUUAUUUCAAAAAGAAAAAAACUGGGGGUAUUUCCUUUAACACCACCGUGCAGUUGACUCAUUUGGAUGAAAAGCUGUGCUACCAAAUUUUACAUGAAUACAAGAUUCACAAUGCAGAGUUGUUAUUUCGCGAGGAUGCAACUGUGGAUGAUUUAAUUGAUGUAAUAGAGGGAAAUCGUAAGUACAUGAAGUGUAUAUAUGUCUACAACAAAAUAGAUGUUGUUGGUAUCGACGAUGUUGACAAGUUAGCACGACAACCAAAUUCUAUCGUCAUUAGUUGCAACUUGAAGUUGAAUUUGGAUAGACUGCUUGCAAAGAUGUGGGAAGCUAUGGGGCUAGUCAGAGUUUAUACAAAGCCGCAAGGCCAACAACCUGAUUUUGGUGAUCCUGUGGUUCUUUCCGCUGAUAGAGGGGGAUGCUCUGUAGAGGACUUCUGUAACCAGAUUCACAGAAGCUUGGUGAAGGAAGUCAAGUACGUGCUGGUGUGGGGCUCAAGUGCAAGGCAUUCCCCCCAGCAUUGCGGUCUUAGCCAUGUUCUUCAUGAUGAGGAUGUUGUUCAGAUUGUCAAGAAAAAGGAAAAGGACAGUGAAGGAAGAGGCCGGUUCAAGUCGCAUACAACUGGUCCUGAUCGAAUAGCUGAUAGAGUAAAGAAGGCUCCCUUGAAGAAUUAGUCAACUGGUCACAACCGUGACGAUUCGGGUUCAAGGUUUAUUAUGGGUUUUGAAAGCUUGGCAGUAGCUUUGGUAAUGCAGAUGAAAAAAUCAAAAUUUUGAGAGAAUUUUUAUUUUGCCAUAUCUUUAGCACAUGCAAGCUUGAAUGUUUCUGUAUUGUUUGAUCUGACAUAAGCUAAUGUUUUACUUAUUGAAUCAUUGAGCCUUAUGAGGCUAAUAUUUACGUCAUGAUGUAGAAUGGAGGAAAUGGACGAUAUGCAUUUUGGUGUUUCUGUCGGUACUUGGAUAUCAUUUCCUAUGUAUUUAGAAAGCUUUUGUGUUUUUGCAAGCC